GAUGCUGAGCUUUUUCCGUCGAACCCUUGGACGGCGGUCUAUGCGUAAGCAUGCGGAGAAAGAACGGCUAAGAGAGGCCCAAAGAGCUGCAACCCACAUCCCUGCAGCUGGGGAUGCAAAAUCCAUCAUUACUUGCCGAGUGGCGCUGCUGGAUGGAACAGAUGUCAGCGUGGACUUACCGAAAAAAGCCAAAGGCCAGCUCCUGUUUGAACAGAUCAUGUAUCAUCUGGACCUUAUAGAAAGCGACUACUUUGGAUUAAGGUUCAUGGAUUCUGCACAAAUAGCUCAUUGGUUGGACAACACAAAAAGCAUUAAAAAGCAAGUUAAAAUUGGCCCACCGUAUUGUCUGCAUUUUCGUGUAAAGUUUUACUCAUCAGAGCCCAACAAUCUACGUGAAGAGCUAACAAGGUAUUUAUUUGUUCUGCAGCUGAAACUGGAUAUUCUUAGUGGAAAAUUGGAAUGUCCUUUUGACACAGCCGUCCAGUUGGCAGCUUAUAACAUGCAAGCUGAACUUGGAGACUAUGAUCCUGCUGAACAUGUCCCUGAACUGGUGUCCGAGUUCAGGUUUGUUCCCACUCAGACUGAAGAGAUGGAACUAGCCAUUUUUGAGAAGUGGAAGGAAUGCAGGGGCCAAACACCAGCACAGGCUGAAACUAACUACUUAAACAAAGCUAAGUGGCUGGAAAUGUAUGGUGUAGACAUGCACAUAGUCAAGGCAAGAGAUGGCAAUGAUUACAGCCUGGGACUAACACCCACAGGAGUUCUUGUCUUUGAAGGAGACACAAAGAUUGGUUUGUUUUUCUGGCCAAAGAUAACAAGGCUUGACUUCAAGAAGAACAAACUCACUCUGGUUGUUGUUGAAGAUGAUGAACAGGGAAAGGAGCAGGAGCACACUUUUGUCUUUAGACUGGAUCAUCCCAAAGCCUGCAAACACUUGUGGAAAUGUGCGGUAGAACAUCACGCCUUCUUCCGGCUCCGAGGUCCUGUCCAAAAAAGCUCAAGUCGAUCAGGCUUCAUUCGGUUAGGAUCCCGGUUCCGAUACAGUGGGAAAACAGAAUAUCAAACCACCAAGACCAACAAAGCCAGAAGAUCAGCAUCCUUUGAAAGAAGGCCCAGCAAGAGAUAUUCAAGACGAACACUGCAAAUGAAAGCACAUGCUGCUAAACUUGAAGAAACAAGUACUGCAAACAAUGCUGUUAUCAACCAAACUAACGGAUCACAAAGCUGGAAUGCAAAGCCAAACCUACCUGUCCUAACAGCAGUUCCUUCUGCCCCAGUCUUAGUGGAAAUAGAAGACCUCCCAAGGAGCCCAGGAGCCAGCCAGCAAGACAAGAAGUGUGUACCUCUUGUUGAUUUGCUAGACAGCACGGAGUUGCCAGAAACUUGUGUUGAUGAUGCCGUAGGCCGUCCAGUUGUUGGCUUGGCAACAGGAGAUUCAGAAGAGGCUGUUAGUUGCCCUUAUCCUGGCACAAAGGAAACAGCUGCUGAAAAAGCAGACUCUGAUCCAUUUGAAGACACGUUCCUAAAACUGAAACAGUUGGAGACAGAGCACAGCAGCCCCGUGCCAGCCGAGCGUCCCAACGUAAACAUAAACAUACAGGAUGAAGUGGUAAAGUUGACAGAUAAAUGUCUUAACAAUGCAAUUGAGAGCCCAAUCGCAGCAGCAACGUGGCUUCCAGCAGAUCUCAAAAGCAAUAUCCUGAAGGCCCAGGCAGAAGCAGGGCACAAGGUCAUAAGAGAAGACAGCCUGACAGGUGUCAAGAAUUCCAAUAUUCAGGAUGCUGCUGCCAGGAACAUUCUCCCGUCAGGCAAAACACCGAGUAGUCCCCCAGCAACCAGUCCAGUAUUUCAAGACCCAAGAGAGCUGCUGAAAGCAACCCCUGCCUCAAACACCUUUGUUCCUAAUGCGUUAAAUGAGGACAACACUGCCUCUAACCAUGAGGACCUGCUGAUUCCAGCUAGUCUGGCUCCAGCUGAGGAGGCUGCUGUUUCAAAGAGCACUCCAGAUGACCAGGACGUUUCCUUAACAUCACUGACAGAGAAUCUAAUUGACUUUACAGAAGCCACACCUCGGGUGUCUUCCCAGCCCACGAUAACACCAAGGUGGAUAGUGCCAACUGGACUGAUUUCCAAUGGGCCUUUGGGAAAUGAUGUUGCCUUAGCUAUGAAGGCAGUGAAAGGCAGCACGGAGACUCUGUUGUCGUCAGCUGGAUUGCCACCAUCCCAGCAGACAUCCGAAGUCCUUGCAAGCCCAGUUACUGAGGAUGCUACAAUAAGAACGAAAUGUUUACUCACCACUGAACUCUAGAAGAAGGAGUUUCUGCACUUCCCACCUUGUAAAAACUCAAAUCUUCGAACAUAUCUCCAAGGGAUCCUUCCAAAAGACUUGCUUGGGAUCGAACUCUUGCUGAACAGAAGUCAAACAGCCAGCUGGUUUGCUAGGAUCCAGGAAGAGACUUCUACAUCUUUUGCAAUCUAACUGGAAUUACAGUCUAAACCAGGAUAUAAAACCACAUUCACAUUUGAUCUUCUCCCUCAGGAGAAGUGAAAUACCACACUGGAGCUAGUUCUGAAAGCGAGGAACAGAAUCUAGUUGUGUUCCACUCACGCCAGGUUUAGUCUUUCUUACCCUGUGCUGCCUCUCGAGUGUUAAUGGAAAGCGUUCACUGUGAUGUUAGCUAUGUAGGGUGUGAGCACGGUAUCCCUGACCUCUGUAGAUUAAUAUUGGAAAGAUUAGGAGAACUUGUAGGGCCACCUUGUGGCCAUACUAUGUAUGGUGGCUCACAGUAGCGAUGACUGUUUCAUAUGGCCAAGGACAUUUUCUUCUGUGUGAUUAUUCCCCGUUUUUCCUUUGUUUUACCAACACAUACUCUCCUUUUUGGCCUUAAACCCCUUAAUAAUCCUUGCACCUCUUGUUACAGUACCUGGAAAGAAUGAAAAUCUAGUCCAUCAGUGACCAACUAUGUUGACUGGAUUUGAGCUGCUCGUUGCAACCAGGAAAAGGAAGAUGAACCUGCCAAACAGCUUGUAGCACUAGCAGACUACAGCAGAGGUCCCACAUUUUGACACUGAUUAUUUUGUUUCCUAUGUGACUCAAAUACAUGCAUUUUAGGCUAGAGAUAUGUAUGUUUUAAAUGCUGAAGCAGUGAAGGCAUAAGUACAGCUUACUUCAGGAACUGCUUAUUAGUUAGUUUUAUUGUCAUACAGGACUAGGAAGAAAAAGAAUUUUCUUGUUUCUGUUCAUGCUAUUUCUGGGUGUUGUUUCCAGAUGCCGUGCUUUGGGAAUACUUACCAGGUAUGUUAGCAGCAUGAGGGUAGAACUAGAUCAGUUCUUAACACCACCUCGAAUCCUGUUCCAAGUGUCAUCUAAUAGUUGUAUGUGGACCAAGAAUAGAAAGAAUAAGGUGAAAACAGGAAAAAAAGAUGAAAAGUUCCUGUAAGCAGUUCACCACUUUGUAGAAAGAAGGUAGGAGCACUUGCAAGAGCACGCUCCGCAGAGCUGGUGAAGGCCUUUUGGUGCUCAGGUGAAGUACAGGAUACGGUAUGUAAGAGAUCAUUUGAGUCCUGGGCAGCAGGAGCCUUGUGGACAUGUAGAGGUGAGCACAUGGACCCUGCGGAUACAGCCUGUGAAAAAGGUCAGUGCAGAGUCAGAGGGAGGAGAAAUACAGAAGCCC